CUCCACCACCCUGCGCAGCUGACAUUGGGGUUUAGUUCUUGCUGACAGCAGCCAUCGCUUGAAAGAUUUAAUUGUGGAGCUGAACCUGUGCUUGCUACACUCCCAGAAUUGGAUUAACUUCUUUCUAAUCACAUUCAUUCUCUGGCAGGAUGAAAUCAAUCCGAGCAAUCAACGAACCUCAGUAAUUAAAAUGGUCACUGCAUUUGGAAGGUACUUGUGGCUUCAUUCCAACCAUCAAUUCAUUUACAAGAACUGGCAGCCAAGGAGGCUUCAUCGGAUUGCUUCUGUAAUUGGCAAAGAAAUGCCCCUUAAGCAGCAUGGUCUGCAGAUCUUUCAGGCAGCAAUCAACGCUGUUUUGCCUCCAAACAUUAUCAAGAAUAAUGUUAGCAUAAAAGGAGACAGGCUGAUGAUACAAAAUCAGUGUUUCCCGGUCCAUAAAAAUGUCUACCUUGUUGGAUUUGGAAAGGCUGUGUUGGGAAUGGCAGCUGCUACGGAAGCGAUUCUGGGAGACCACCUGCUCCAAGGAGUAAUCAGCAUUCCUCUUGGAAUACAGAGGAUUCUCCAGUUGGCUGGAAAAGAGGACGUGCUUUUAAGACCUCAGACAAAAAUACAAGCAAUGGAAGGAGCCAGACAUAACCUCCCUGAUGAGAAUGCUUUAAAAGCAGCCAACAAUAUCCAUCAUUUAGUGGAAGGACUUACCGCAGAUGACCUGCUUGUUGUCCUUAUCUCAGGAGGGGGGUCAGCUUUAUUGCCAGCUCCAAUCCCCCCCGUCACCUUGGAGGAGAAACAAUGCCUGACCAAACAACUUGCUGCUAAGGGGGCAACAAUUCAGGAACUCAACACACUCCGCAAAAUGCUCUCUCUGUUGAAGGGUGGAGGUUUGGCUAGAGCCGCCUAUCCUGCUCAGGUGGUGAGUCUCAUCAUGUCUGAUGUUAUUGGAGACCAUUUGGAGUUUGUAGCCAGUGGCCCGACUGUACCUAACUCACAAAGUAAAGAGGACUGUCACAAGAUACUGUCAAAAUAUAACCUGGCAUUAUCCAUGCCAGAAUCUGUAAAAGUUGUUCUGUCUCAGCCCAGCAUGAAUAUGGACCGAGAAGAAACCCAAGAUUUUGCUCACAUUUGUAAUUUUAUUGUGGGGUCAAACGCAAUUGCCUUACAGGAAGCAAAAUGUAAAUCAGAAAGCUUGGGUUAUAACACUUCUGUCCUGUCUACUGUAGUCAGUGGAGAUGUCAGGACUGUGGCCAAAUUGUACAGUCUUUUGAUUCGAUAUGUAUGCUCAGUUCUGGCAGCUGCCAAUUCAAAAUAUGUACAUGCAAGCAAACUGAAAGAUGAGAUCCUGCAGAUGGUUGCAAACCUGGGGCUACCUGACUUCCAACUAGACGACUGUUUGGAGUUGUUGGAGAACACGCAGAGCUCCAGGAAACCAAUAUGCCUUCUGGCAGGGGGCGAAACUACAGUUCGGCUCCAGGGCAAAGGUAAAGGGGGUCGAAAUCAGGAGCUGGCCUUGCAUGUAGCUUUGGAAUUACACCGUGUAAAAUCAGAGAUUCCGCAGGAUCCACUUACAGAGCAUGAAAUUGUUUUUCUUAGUGGUGGGACCGAUGGACAAGAUGGGCCUACUGAAGCAGCUGGUGCAUUCGCUUACACGGAACUGGUUGAUAAGGCCUUUGGUGAAGGGCUCAACCCAGAGGAUUUUAUAAAUAACAAUGACUCCUUUACGUUCUUUAGCAAGUUCAAUAAUGGAGCUGAUCUAAUUGUGACAGGCCUGACAAAUACUAAUGUCAUGGAUGUGCAGGCAAUUAUUAUUCAACCAAAGGAAAUUUAAGUCAAGUACUAGCCUUUCGCUGGAAGGAGACAACAAAUACAGAAAAUUAAGCAUUUUGUUUUAGUUGCUAGGGACCUAUAAACAAGAGACAUAAUUUUGUAUUCUAAUUUGUUCUUUUGUCAAUCCUAUUACUGGUACAGAGUGUGAAAUUAAGAGCUUAUAAGAAACACAGUUCUAUUCCAUGUCAAUCAUUAGUAGUAACAGCAAAAGGAACAAGGAUUUUCAUAUCAUUUUGAAAUGUUAAGCACUGGCAUUAUAAGUUAACACACACAAUCUUGGAUUGGAUGUACCACAAGCUAGCAGCAUUUUGGAUGCCAUUACACAUAAUUGUCAAACAAAGCUAUUCAAAUAAAGAAGUAAACAUUUGAA